AUGAAAACAUUGUUUUCUCUUUCAGGUCUUGGUUUAUUACUUGUAAUUGUUGUGAUCGUUGGAUGGAAAUUCACUCCACGGGGACAUGAACCUCUCCAUUUGCUUUUUGGCCUUGGAGAACACAACAUACUCCAUCACGUACGGUCUCAUGGUAUAUUACGAAGUCGAGAGGGCUACUGGCAUGGAGGUAUCAUGUACCCUGAAUUCCAGUACCGACGACCCCCACCAUCAUAUGAUGUCUCAAUGCAAGAAUACCAACAGCAGCUGAUGCAGCAAUACCAACAGAGUAUAAAUAACGUAGACAACUACAGUUUGCCUAGUUCACCCCCUCCCACAUAUCGAUCGAGAGCUAGCACUAUUCGCACUGGGGUGCAUAUUGUUUUCCCCCCAGAUCACAAUGAGAAUUAUCCAAAUUCACUUCCACCAACUUAUAGGUCACAGACAAGUUCACGACCUUCUCUCCCUCGGGCAGGAUUUGAUGAUGAAGAAGAAGGCUAUCCAAUUCCGGAACCGAUCGAUCCUGCCCCUAGUGAAUCUCUAGUGUCGGACGCAGUGUCAAUGCUGGUAGCUUCCACCUCCAUGGAUGUUAGUGGAACUCUAGACUCCACUGGUGACUUCCAACUAUCCCUUAAUGAGCCGGUGGACCAGCCCACAUUGUUCUCUGGCCGAUCACAGGGAACUAUGACUGAUCCAGAGGGCUUGCUCAAUUCUUCAUCUCCUCCAGCAGUCAUGCCCCUCACAUCUGCUGCAGCGAUAACGCCACCAGCAACACCCCCGACACUUGUGCAGCAACCUUCCUCUUAUGAUCGAUCUAAUGAACUAUGCAAUCAGUUUCCGAUGCCAGAAAACAUUUCUACAACUGUUGGUGUUGUCGAUAAUGAUGCCGAUGUUAUUCUUGGAACAAUUCCAGAUCCAGAAGCUGAUCGAACUUCUAGACAUGAUGUUACCAGCUGUGAAUCCAUGGGUAAUGCUGGAAUACAUCAAGGUGGCAGUAACAGUGAUACCAGUAGACAAAGCUCACCUGAACGAGAUGAUACAUCUCCUGUACAAGCAAAGACUGCUGCCGAAACACCUUUAUGA